AACCUUAUUGAACCACGAGAUCGUGUUCAAGCCGUACGACAUAUCCUUACUGGAGAGUUUCCACUUAUGGAUGAUCAACAAGAGAAAAAUUUAUUCGCAAGCAUUACAAUGUUUAAUUGUAAUGAUGGAAUUUCCCCACAUUCAGCAAGUGAAUUUAUGUUUCAAAUGAUGCCAAUGGAUGCCAUUUUACCCCAAAAUAAACGUAAAGAGACUCCCUUCUUGAAUGCAAUUUACAAUUUCCUUGAAGACGCAAUCACAAAAAUUUUUACUUGGUUAUCACCGCCUGUGGGAAAAACUGAAGCAAUAGAAAUUUAUUUGCAUUAUCAAACAGUCAACAAUGAUAAUUCUGAAUUACUAGCCUCGAUUCGUCAAUUAGAUCCAUGGACAAUAUCCUGGAGUAAUAUUUGUGAUUACUUUUACCCACAUGAUUUUCACAGUUUGCUUCGAGCAUGUUCAGGAGAAAAUACAGUUCAUAUAUUGACUUCAAUGAAUUGGGUCACAGAAGUCUUUGGUGCACAUAUCAUGGAAUAUGAUAGUAAAAUUCGUCGCAAAAUUUUUAUUGAAGCACAAAACAUGAUUUCAAUGACUGGAAAAUAUAAGGACCCAUCUGGAUAUUUCCGACAUACCAAGGUUAUCGCACAUCCAUAUAAUAUAGGUGAUAUGGGUGCGACAUUGAUGGUGAAGGAUAGUUGGCAAGAUUACUUUUUCAAAGGACAAGAUUUGAAUAUUGGCGAAGUUUCAUUCGUACCAUAUUCUCAUACACACAAAACUCAUACGCUCUUGAAUAUUUAUUUUACGUUUAAUAAAAAGAUUAAUGCUUAUACUGGUUACGAGUAG